GAGAUGGACGAGCUCAGCACUGCAGCGGAUUAGACCUGCAAUCAACGCUCAGAAGACAGCCAACUUACUGGCCCAAUAUUGGCCUACGGCAGCUUGUGCAGACCCGUUACGCCACGCGCUACUAAGGCGCUCGGCGUUCCUGACAAAUCGGAGAUCUCAUCUUAGUAAGUAAGGAGGUCGCUGCUUCAUUGACUCGCCCGCAAACCUCGCCCUCCACCCCAUUGCUCUUCAUUCCGGAACCAUGAUUGCAGUGCAACAGGCCACACCGAUACCAGACCCAUUGUCGGUCCCUGCGAAUGCGCCUGAGCAUUGUCCAGGAACGGAGUCGGAACUGGCGGGAAAGGCAGAUGCAUGUGCAGGAUGUGCAAACCAAGAGAUUUGUGCCUCUGGGGUCGCCAAGGGACCGGACCCUGCCCUACCAUUCGUGCGGGAGCGCAUGUCGACUGUGAAGCGGAAGAUCCUCGUGCUCUCCGGCAAGGGCGGAGUUGGCAAGUCCACCUUCACCGCGCAGCUUGGGUGGGCAUUCGCAGCGGAUGAGACUCUACAGACAGGGAUUAUGGACGUCGACAUCUGCGGCCCCUCCAUCCCGACCAUCCUCGGCAUCGCAUCUGAGCAGGUGCACGCCUCCUCCUCCGGCUGGUCGCCCGUCUAUGUGCAGGACAACCUCGGGGUAAUGUCUGUCGGCUUCAUGCUCCCCUCGUCCAAGGACGCUGUCAUGUGGCGCGGGCCGAAGAAAAACGGGCUCAUCUCGCAGUUCCUCAAGGACGUCGACUGGGGCGAGCUCGACUACCUCGUGAUCGACACGCCGCCGGGCACGUCCGACGAGCACCUCAGCAUCGUCACCUACCUGAAGGAGAGCGGCAUCGACGGUGCAGUCGUCAUCACCACCCCGCAGGAGGUUGCGCUCCAGGACGUACGCCGCGAGAUCGACUUUUGCCGGAAAGUCGGCAUCCCGGUCAUCGGCCUCGUCGAGAACAUGUCCGGCUUUGUGUGCCCGAGCUGUAAGCACGAGUCGCAGAUCUUCAAGCCGAGUACGGGUGGAGGCCGGCGGCUGGCGCAGGAUAUGGGCGUUGACUUUCUGGGCGCUGUGCCCCUGGAUCCGCGCAUAGGCAAGAGCGCAGACUAUGGUGUUAGCUUCCUGGAUGAGUACCCAGAUAGCCCGGCGAGCAUAGCGUACUUGGAUAUCAUCGACAAAAUCCGACUGAAGCUCGGGGACUGAAGUACACGCUCACCCCCUUUCUCCAUUUUGUGACUCUCCUGGACGGCUGCUGUGUUGUUACGUAUCAGACUUUCUGUAUCUACUAGAUCUCAUGCUUGUAUUCUACAUCAC